CUCCAAUAUAUUCCGUCCCCUCCAUCCAUGAAGUGAGCCUUUAUUAGUGGGGAUCGUUUGGAUCUUAUCUUUCACAUGACGCUCGGUGGAUGAGGAGGAAUCAGAGAAACGAGGUGGGGGGGAUUUAUCUGCGAUCUGCCUGAUUCCCGACCUGGAAGAGUGUCGCUUAUCUUCAUCCUCUUCAUCCCCGUCUUCCACAUUCGGAUGGACCAGUAGCCCUCCCUAUCAGCCACUCUCAUCUAUUGUCUCUACUGCCUAAAUCCAACAGAGGGCUGGCUGAUUCCCCUCUUAUCAUCCCAAUCAGUUUUUUUUAUUUUUUUUUUACAUUUUUAUUUCUAAAUCUAAAUGUUUCUCUAGAUCUCCUGAACUAAUCCCAGGAAGACUUUGCACUCCUUUCUGUUUUCAAUGCUUUCUGUGAUGCUCGUGUUGCAAGUUUCCAGCAGGAAAAAGUGAAAGAAGUACUUUUUUUUUGGUGCAUUUUCUUCAAUUUCCUCGUCUCUUUGACAUCUGAUGCUUGUUCAGCUCGUGGAAUAUGAGUUAAUUGGGAGUUUCUUAAUCAAAAGAAGAAAGAAAUUACCUCCCAACUCUUUUUAAGGUUUUUGAGGAGGAACGCCCGCCCACACAAACGAGUGCAAAAAUGAUGCUCAGUCCGGAUCAGGCCGAGGCGGACCUCUCCUGGACCCAGUCCGACCCGGAGACGCUCCUCAACGGCCUCAAGUCCGCCGGCUGCACCUCGGAUGAGCCGACGGAGGGCGAGGAGCAGCGGGCCAAGUGCAAAGCCGAGCAGCCGCUCAGCAGAGAGGAGAAGAGGAGGCGGCGGAGGGCCACGGCCAAGUACCGCUCCGCGCACGCCACCCGGGAGCGCAUCCGGGUGGAGGCGUUCAACGUGGCCUUCGCUGAGCUGCGAAAGCUGCUGCCCACGUUGCCCCCGGACAAGAAACUCUCCAAGAUCGAGAUCCUCAGACUGGCUAUAUGUUACAUCUCCUACCUGAACCACGUGUUGGAUGUCUGAGUGGGAGAGGAUGGGGGGACUGGUGUGGGAGUUUUUUACAGAAAGCGCAGUAUUUUUUAAGCCUUUUACAGCUGAUACUUUAGGCUAUGGAAGAGGAUUAGGGCCACUGGAAAAAAAGAAAAA